AUGAAGGUUGGCUCGGUAAGAUUCGAGAAGAAAUAAUAUGUCUUUUUUUUCCCAAUUAGGGCCUUAUGAAAAUUCUUACAGAUUUUCAAAUAUUUCCUAUGCAUUAUUGUAAUAUGUUUGGUCAUUUCUUUGAUUUACAAAGUGCCUGCUCUUUUAAAAAAUGAAGAUUUGAAUGUUUUUGUGCACUCCGCUUACUACUUUAAAAAAUCUCACUCGUAAGUAUUCACAUAAUGUCCCAAAAAACGAAAAAUUCAGACUAGGGAAUAAUGCAAUUGCAAUUCUUAUGACAAUGGAAAGAUCAGCGGCUGAAAAAAUUGAGAACAGUGGAAUGAGUAUUGUUGAAAUCGAUGAUCAAAUGUAUGAUCAAACCAAUAUCAUUAACUUCGAUAUGUCAGUUAAGUUUGCAAUCAUAUGCCUUAAGACAUUUUUUUUUAGUGAACCUCUACAUCUUACCAAAUCUGAUCUUGUAACAGUUCUUGCUAAAUCAAAUAUUCAUUCAAAACCAAUUCAGACAGAACUAAGAAUCAACGAUGGUACAAUUCAAAUUCCAAUCAAAAAAUUGAGAAAAGAAGUAUUUUCUCCUGUAGUGUUCUGUUUUUCUCCUCUGAUUAUGUUGAAUCAAUGGCAAAAAUUGAUGUUGCAAGUUCUAAUUUCAAACAAGUAUGCCAUUUUUUCUUAUAUUUGAAGAUUAUGCUGAUUUGAUUUCAGAUAUCAAGGUCAUGUGCAUUUAUAUAUUUCAAGAUUGACAAAAAUUUACAUUGAUGUUAUAAAAUAUUACUCAAAAAACAAACUGUUGUCAUAUGAAAUCUGGCCUGAUACAUCAUUUGCUCCAGAAGAUGAACCACUUUUUCAUUUUGAAAUGCGAACGAAAAAAGCGACAAAUACUGAUUGCCUUUUGCAAUUCAAAAAUAUUGCACAAUUCAUUAGUUUUCCAGAUUUAGAAGAUCUUCUUAUUCCAAACAGUGGUCUAACGUAUUCAGAAGAAUUUUCAAAGUAUUUUGAAAGCUCAACCAAUUUAUUAUUUUACCAGAAAAUCAAUUUCGAAUUUAUGUUGAAUGAGAAUCGAUGGUUAACAGAUUCUAUCAUUCGACUUGUAGAUGGUAGUUAUACUGGAAAUACUAUCAUUCAGCCAAAGUAUUACAAUUCAACAUGGUCACAUUUACUAAACGAAGAUGAGAAAAUUCCAAUCACGGAAAAAGCAAAAAAUUACAUUUUACACAUCAAGAAAAUCGAUUGGAUUGAUGUCACAAAAUCCAAAAAAUUCAAUAAUAUUUUUAUGAAUUCCAAUAUCUCUGAAGAAAUUGAUGAGCAAAUUAGAAUGUUUUCUGUAAAUUUACCGAGAACUGAUCAAUAUGCACAGAAAAACUGGGAUUGCUAUAAAAGUCGCUUUUACAUCAUUCACAAUUCGGAUAUUUUCAAAAAUUCAAGAAAUUGUACAAGAGAUAGUUUAAGAAGUUUCGAAGGAGAUGGAUCUUGUUUGAGAGCUGAUACAAUAACCAAAACUGGACCGAAAUUAGGAAGUUUUAAUAUUUUUUACCCAACCUUUACAUUUUUAACAGAAACUUCACUUUGUUUCUGA